AUGCGCGACUCGGGGAUCGACGAUGAUGCGAUGCUGGUAGACGGUUCAGCACCUCGUCCUCUGCGAGACCAUGGCGACAUCAUCGCAGCUGGCUACGUGGAUAACUUCGCCACCGUCUCACUCAGUCCAGAAGUUGCCACCGCUUCGUGCCAGGCCAUUCGAGACGUGCUGGUUGCGAGGGGCUUACCUGUAGAAGAGUUCGCCCCCGCGGCGCAGCGCGUCACCUUCACUGGCCUCGACAUCCUGGGCGACGUCGGCGUCAUCAGGUGCAAGGUGGACCGGUUGUCGCGGUUGCGCCAGGCCCUACUUGGGCUACUCAGACGUGGCCUCGCAUCUCCGCUUGCGUUGUCCGCCGUGGUCGGGCACUGCACCUGGGGGAUGAUCACCAACAGGCCCAUGCUCUCCAUCUUCCACGCAGUCUACCGCUUCAUGGGUCAGGACUCGCGUCGGGCUUUGCCGCUGUGGCCGUCAGUCGUCUCUGAGCUCCGUGCCGCUGCUUCCCUCAUCCCGUUGUGGUGGGCUGAUGUCAGGGCAGAGUGGGCGGCCACCACCUUUUGCAGCGACGCCUCUCCAUACGGCAUUGGCGUUUGUCGCAAGUUCGUGGAACAAGAGGUCGUUGCUGCCGCAGGUCGACUGUCCGAGAAAUGGCGCUACCGCUUCUCCGAUGCCGUGCACGCCCGCGCCCACGCUCUGGGAGUCGACCCGAACGUCGUGUUGGAAGCUGCCGUGAGCAAAAGAGGCCUCAAAGACUGCGAGCAGUGCCCGAGGCCUCCCGAGGCCCAAAGCAAGCCCUCGCCCACCGCAUCAUCAUCACCUCGAGGGCUCGACGAGAUUUCGCUGGACGGCUUCGACGAGGUUCCCGACUCGAUCACGGCUUCCGACGGCUGGUCUACGAUAUAUAGCGCACGGAAUUCGAGGUUCGGUUUGGACAUCAUGCGAUACGAGGCGGAGGCUCUCGGAUUUGCGAUGCGACACUCGUCUCGGAGCACCAAGCGGCUGCACCCCGAGUUUCGGCGCCAGCGAGCCACGACCGUGACGGAGCAGAGGACCAAGACGCAUCCAGGACCACAACGGCUCGGGCGGGGUGUGCUCUCGGUCCUCGAGUCAGCUGCCGUGUCGGACACAACCAUGGCCAACUACUGGGGCGCCGCCAAGAAGUUCGAGGAGUGGUGCCGCUGGACGUCCCAGACCUUCACCACGGCGGCGGAGGUCGAUGUCAUCCUAGUUACCUACUUCGUGAACCUCUUUCUGGACGGCUUCGACAGUGCUACGGGCCGAGUCCUGCUCGCCUCCUUGAAGCACUACCUGCCUUCGAUCCUGGUGGGCAGGGCGCCGUGCCCGCGUGCAGCUCGCGCCUUGACAGGCUGGCGGAAGCUCGUGCCCCCGCAGAUGCGACUACCCCUUCCACGGGCGGCGAUGGCCUCCAUUGUGGGCGUCCUCAUCUCGUGGAAGCUCUUCGGCAUGGCAGUGUUUAUCAGGCUGAUGUUCGACACCUACCUGAGGCCCAGCGAGGCCUAUCGGCUAACAGCGGGCAGCGUUAUUCGACCAAGACCCGAUGCCGCCCGCGGGUACGGACAUUGGGCCCUGAUUGUCAACGACGCCUGCCUCGAUCGUCCUGGGAAGACAGGGGAGAUGGACGAGAGCGUGAUCGUCGACAACCCGACGCUCUGGCCCCUUCUCGACGCGCUGGUGCUGGGCAAGAAGACGAGCGACGGCCUCUGGACCUUCGCCCCCGACGAGGUGCGGAGCAUGUUCCGUCGUGCUGCCGCUGCGCUCGGGUUGGAGGCCGAGAUGACGCUCUACUCCUUUCGGCAUGGGGGUGCGUCCGACGACCUCCUGUCUCUCCGACGCACCAGGAAGGAGGUCAAGGACCGCGGCCGAUGGAGGACGGACCAGAGCCUCCUCCGCUAUGCCAAGAGGGCUCGUAUGCAGCAGCGGAUCGCCACCCUAGGCCAGAACUUGAUCGACUUCGGGCACGCGGUCGACUCGCAGAUGAACGAUCUCAUUCUGCAGACCGCCUCCUCAGGCGUCUUCCCGCUGCAAGUGCCGCUUGCCGUGACGCCGACACCGCCAGCGGUCAGGUACUCGCCCGCCCUAGUAAUUGGCGGCGACGGCGGCGCGGCUCGCGCUCUGCAGCGCCUCGGCUUUGGCGUGCUGCACUUGAAAGUGAGAC